AUGGAAACUUGGCCUGUGGUGGUGCUGGAAAACUGCACCGCUUUUCAUGGACAUCAUGGGCAGGACCUGGAUACUAACCUCAUACACCAACCCCAGCCCGUUGUGAAGCUGGAAGCACUCCGGGCAGCCAAGAAGAGGAGGCGAAGCAGGCGACUCUUUUUCAAGAGAAGGAAGUACUUCUAUGUCAAAGAGGCAGUGCCCAUCAUGAGCUUUUGUGGGUGGUCAUGUGGGGAGAGAACCGAAUCACUGGAUGGGGAAGAGGAUUUCUUGGGCUUCAACGAUCAUGACACCCUAAGUUCCCACAUCAUCUCCGCUCAACAUCCAGCAUGGGAGGGUGAAGAUUUGUUAAGACAUUAG